AUGCCACAUGUACAUGUCGCCAGCAGAAGGCUCGAAUCAUCAUCAUCAUCAUCAUCAUCAUCAUCACAGGCCGGGGCAGGAGGAGACAACAACUUCGUUAAGCGAUUGACGUUAUUCAAAGUGGCCAAGGACGAGGACAUUGAAGCUGUUUUGAAGGCAUACGAAAUCCUCAGAAGUACUGCGCUUCGGGACGGCAAACCGUACAUAGUAUCCAACAGCUCGCGCCGUAUCUUGAACACAUCGUCGCCGUUAAGUGAAGGCUAUACUAUAGCUUCGCAGUCCAUUUUCAAAAACCACCAGGACCAUGCGUUCUACGAUCAAGAAUGCCCUGCCCAUCGGGAGUUGAAGAAAACGACCAGCAGAGUCCGUACUGGAGUCAUGACGGUCGUUACGGAAGGGCCGCUGUGA